UGAAGAGUUGACCGCGAAUAUGACAAAAUUUUCUGCUAUUCCUGUAAUAGCUGUUUUUGAUUUCAGAAAGCUAUGAUUUGCAGAUUCCCAAAUGUUGUCAGACCCAUCUGGAAAUCGAAAUUGUUUCGUGGACACAUUACAACUCCAGAAAUUGGCAAAUUGUAUUUACCAAAGUGUUUUAACUGUUUCACUCAAAUGAAGCCGACUAUCAGAACCAUGCGAAAGGUUUGUAAUGACAUUGGGAGCGCUCUUCUAAUUGUAUCGGCAGGCGCAUCUGGGUAUCUUCUCUUGACGAAAUCAGCUGUGUGUCUUCGCUCGAGGGUCGAGACGGUUUCUUCUCCAUCUUGUGACAACGCUAAGCUAGUCGAAUAUGGAAAACCCGAGUUUGAUUGGAAAUUGCUCCUCAGCCUCCUGAAAGGGGAGGCCCUACGAUUAAUAUUGGCAAUUGUUGCUGCAGUUUGUGCCGCGACUCUCAACAUACUUAUCCCAAUCCAGCUAGGUCAGCUGAGUAAUCAACUGGUAUCGCUGAGUUCCUCCUCUGGACAGACAGUUGAGAGUCUCCUUGCUCCGUCUGCGCGACUACUAGGCAUCUACGCUGCCCAAGCUCUCUGUACUUGUCUGUAUAUCAACUGGCUAUCAGUUGCGGGCGAGAGAAUUGCGGCAAAGUUGCGAGUCAUGAUGUUUCGCUCAUUAGUAAACCAAGAUAUCGAAUUCUUCGACAGGCACAAAACGGGAGAGCUUAUCAGCAGGCUUUCAAAUGACGUGCAGUCGUUCAAAAGUAGCUUCAAGCAGUGCAUAUCGCAUGGUCUCAGAGGAGUUACACAAAUAGGAGGCUGUGUGAUCUCAAUGUUUAAAAUUUCACCAUAUCUGACGGCGCUGAUGACGGUUGUGCUGCCAGUUUUGGUCAUCAGUGGCACAAUUUUUGGACACUUACUCCGGAUUCUGUCCAGACAGGCCGAAUAUCAACUAGAGAAGGCAGUUUCCAUGGCAGACGAGUCACUUGGUAACGUCCGAACAGUCCGUGCAUUUGCCAUGGAGGAUCAACAAACUGCUCUUUUUGAAGCAGAAGCUAACAAGUCGGAGUAUGCUUUAUGGAAAUUGGGCGCAGGUAUCUCCCUCUUCCAAGGAGCUUCAAACUUCGUUCUCAACUCACUGGUGCUAACUGUGAUGUACGGUGGAGGAAAACUUCUGAUGAGUGAUAGUGUAACUCACGGAGACCUCAUAGCUUUCCUAACUUCGACUCAGAUGAUUCAGAGAUCAAUGGCUCAGAUCUCUCUUCUCUUUGGUCAAGUAGUCCGAGGACUCACGUCAGGCAGUCGUGUAUUUGAAUUUAUAAACGAGCAGCCGAAUUUGAUUUACAAAGAAGAUCCGAAUUUUAUCAUGGACGUCGAAGCCCCUCCGUCGCUCCAGUUUGAACGAGUGACUUUCGAGUACCCGACGAGAAAGAACCAGACCGUGAUAUCGGAUCUAUCUUUCCGAGUCAAUCCAGGUACCACAGUAGCGCUGGUUGGAUCCUCGGGACAUGGAAAAUCUACAAUUGCAGCUCUGGCUGAAAGAUUUUACGACCCAGUAGAAGGAGAGGUAGCUAUCAACGACAUCAAUAUCAGGGAAAUCCCUGCCAAGUGGCUGCGUGGACGUCUGAUUGGCUACAUAAGUCAGGAGCCAGUGUUGUUUGCGGCUUCCAUAGCAGACAACAUCCGCUUUGGGAAACCAGACGCCUCGUACGAGGAAGUGAUUGCUGCUGCGAAGAAGGCCAAUGCAUACGAUUUCGUGCAGAAUUUCCCCCAGGGAUUCGACACUGUUCUAGGAGAACGUGGAGUGACAGUUAGCGGAGGUCAGAAGCAGAGGAUAGCCAUAGCCAGGGCACUCAUCAAGAACCCAAAGAUACUCAUUCUAGACGAGGCCACAUCCGCUUUGGACUCCGCCUCAGAAGCCACGGUGCAGAAAACCCUGGACAGCGUAUCAAAUGGUCUCACAGUUUUGGUCAUCGCACACAGAUUGAGCACAAUAAAAAAUGCAGACAAGAUUAUCGUACUGGGUCCGGGUGGUAAAAUCCAAGAGGCAGGAUCUCACUCCCAGUUGAUGGAUGAGAAAACAAAUCCUAAAGGGAUCUACAGACAGAUGUUGAAGCUACAGUCCAAUAACCAAGAUUGAACUUGAGAUAGUGUACUGAAUGUCAAUUCAACUUCAUCUUAUAUUUAGAUCUGUUAGAUGUAUCUAACCAUAAAUUAUUCGAAACUUCAGUUUCCUAAAGUAAGUUUUGAACGGCUGGUUGUUGGUUCCUAAGCUAAAGCAAGGAUAGGUGGUUGCUGUGCAACUAGCGCAGAAUGUUCCGACCGCAAUGAUUUGAAUAAA